AGUGCAAUCAUCUGUUGGUUAUGAUAAAUCAAAACAAUCUAGUUUUAUUAAUAAAUGAGUGAGUUCUGAGUGAAAUUUCAAUCGCUGUUGAUCGAGAAUCGCUCGCUUUAAAAGACCGAUUUCCAUUCGAAGUUUACACGAUGAACAGCAACAAAUCCGAAGGAAAUUAUUCCCUACAAUCGACGGAGAAUUUCAGCGAUUUCAGCGAUUCGGACAAGUUCAAAUCGAUCGAAGAGCACAACGAAAACCAAUACGGCGACACCAGCAAACUAUCCUUUCAAGAUUUGCUGAAAAUCCACCAGAAACAGACCGUGUGGGGCUUCCAAUUCGGCAAGGAAGUGCGCCAGAACACCCUCAACAGGGACAAAGCCUUGCAGGGCAAAUCCAAAGAUGAUUGCGAGAGGAUCGAAGAGACUCGAAUAGAGAUCGGUUCCGAUUCGAUCACUACGAAUGGGCUGACCGAAAAAGAACACAAGACUCCGCAUUCUAGGAAGAAGCUGGGAGUUCGAAGAACAGGCAAACGAAAGGGUAGCGUCAAAGGGAACGAGUUCGAUUCGCCGCAGAAAACCCGAAAAGCUCCGUUGCCUUUAAUGGAUUGGGCCGAUUCUAAAGAGGUGUGGUUGUUCAUGGUGUACAAAGAAGAAGCCUUACUGAACCAACGCAACCCCCAUCUAUUCGAAGAAUUCUCCACCUUCAUACCCCGCAUGCGAGCCAUUCUACUCGACUGGGUGAUGGAAGUCUGCGAAGUCUACCAUCUCCGACGAGUCACCUACUACCUCUGCGUAGACUACUUCGAUCGAUUCCUCUCCAUCAGACCAGACGUUCCCAAGAACCAGCUCCAACUGGUGGGAGUCACCUGCUUAUUUUUAGCAGCCAAAUUAGAAGAAAUCUAUCCUCCACGUCUCUCAGAAUUCUCCUACGUUUGCGAUGGAGCUUGUGGUCCUGAGGAUAUCCUAGCCUGCGAAUUAUUAAUCCUCAACAGCCUCGGAUGGGACCUCAACGUGAUGACGCCCAGCGAUUGGUUGAACUUGUACAUGCAGAUCCACUUCCAAGCGGGGAACGUGACCAAGCAGAAGCUCCACAUCGGUAUGAAUAGAGACUUUUUCUUUCCCCAGUACUCGGCUUAUCAAUUCACUAGAGCUUCACAACUAGUAGAUAUGAUGAGCUUAGAUCCGGGGUUUUUGAAGUUCAGUUAUAGUACACUAGCUGCUGCUGCUAUGUAUUUUAUGUACGGUAAAACGGUGGCUUUGAAUACAUCGGGGUUGUGUUGGGGGGAGUUGCAACCUUGUGCUGAAUACAUGGCGGUUUUUUAUCAUGUGAUUAGAGAUAGUGAUGAUCCGAAGUUGCAGUCUUGCAAAGAUGGAUCGAUCGAAGAACAAGGAUCGGCUGGUUUGGAGAAUAUUCGACAUAAAGUGAGGAAUUUGGUGAAGGACGAGAAUCACUCGUUGCAAACGCACGUGGUGAAUUUGGAUUAUUUCGAAAAAUCCGCGAUAAUUCGUUUGGAGCAAAUGGGAUUGAAAGUACAAAAGACUUACGUGAAGAAGAAGGAGAAAUUGGAGCAGGACGAAGCGAGUAGUGAAAAUUACAUAUGUAUGUAUGAAUUGGAGAAAUUAAAUUGCGAUGUGGAUGUUUUAAGUGAUGAUGAUGAUGAUGAUUUGAGUAAUAUUAUCGCGCCUUCUACGUCGGAUGCUAGUUUGAUAGUGCAAGAAGGAACGAAGGCUAUUUUAAGUUUCGAUGAUAUAUUAGAAGGAAUAGUUAGAUGUAAUAAAAAGAACAUUUCACAGAACGUUGAGUCUAAAUUGGAGACUGAUUAUAUAGAUGAAAUUAACUGACAUUGUAGUAAAUUGUUUAGUGUUAAGGAUAUUUGUUAAGUUUAUUUGAGCUUUAGACUUCUAAUGUCACGUCUACAAGGUUUUUGUAGAAGGAAAUUGUGUUUUAUAGUAUGAUUUUUUUAAACGAGUUGAGGUGUUGUUAAC